ACAAAGUUGGCAGCAAAAAGAUACCAAACAUCGGUCUAUUACAUUCCUUUAGACUCAUCAUCUGGAGAAACUGCGGGAAUAUGCCACAGGAACGAGAUCCUUUCCCAUUCCCGCGAUAUGAGAACGACUUUACAUUAACAGGGAGAAAGGAAAUUCAGAAACUGUCAUAUGACAAGCCAACCCAUCUCGCACAAAAUGAUGAACCGUGGAGAAGACUCCAUAACACGACAACAGAGGCCAGUUCCCGUAGAACUAUUUUUCAUUAUAAUACUACAACACCGAAGGACAGUCUGGACAUUCACCUGAAAUCGGCCUACGAUCAUCACCUUGGAUUAUUUCAAAACAAAAGUCAGACCGUGAUGCAGAUGGAAACUGUUGGAGCGGAAAAUGGCACAAAGAAAAACAAAGAACUAGAAGAUUCAGUUUGCGACGCAGAAAACAAAGGAAUUAAAGUGUGGGUUGACGCCCAGAAAGCAUCUCUAUACAGUAUUAAGGGGUCCAUAGAGUCUCACCACACCGCAUCUACAAACAGAGGUUACUCACGCAAGCACGAUGGCGGCUUUUAUUCUACAUAACAGUACAAAUUAACACAUUCAAGUUAUAAGGACCCCAUUGUUACUCGCUUUGUCAUGUACGAGGUCUGUCUAAAUAAAAUAAACGAGAAAAUGCCA